AUGGAAGUCUAUACGCGGAUUUUAAUUUUGUGCGGACUUAUUGAACGUUACGUUGCGUUGCAUUUAAAAUAUACGAUGAGCAACAUGUUUGUAAGAGUAUUGAUAUUCAAAAUUUUCUAAGGGAUUUAAACAUAAAAACGAGAACAAUAAAAAGGAAGGGAAGGACGUCCAAACAACUCCAACAAUAUUCAUCUUUAAUAUUCGGAAGUGACAUGCUAAUAUCAAUCGAUUCACGAUAACUUGUUAUGCACCUACUUAACAUACUAAUUAUUCACAAUAACACGCGAAUAUCUCAUAACUAUGCACGUUGAAAUAAUCUCAUAAAUACUCACACAAUACAACUCAAUUAUUGGGUUAAAGCGACGGAUAGUCAAGUAUGGAAAAAUAAUGCUCAAUUAGUACAACAUAAAUAUAUAAUCAACUCAUAAGAGAUAUUCAGGAAAUCAAAAAUCAAACUUCAUGUCACCUAAAAUAGAGAAUUUCAAUAAACAAAAAAUGAAUAAUGAGUCAAAUGAUGCUAGGUUUUAUAAUUUAUUUUUGUUUAAGAAAUAAGAAUACAUUGAUUUAUUUAUAUCAUCCUAUUAGGUUACGAGUUACGACUUACAAACUCAUACCGGACUGCGUAACAGCGUAAGUAAAACCCAUUUCCAAAAUUUAUCUAUCCGUUUGGAGUUUUUUCUUUUUCCCGAACUUUGAGAAAACUAAAAUACCUACCCAACCCCGCGCGUAUAUAUUUGCUUUCAUGGAGGUCAAGCCACUUUCCUGCGAGCCAAAAGUAGUAGCGAAAAACAAAACCUCCAUAGCCGCACCACAGGAAAGUUCGCCUUCUCUUGCUCCUCUGUUCAUGUUAUCAACGCCAACGCAUCAAGGGUCUCUUUCUACUGUAGCAUAUUCGGUAAGUAAAGCAACCCUUCACCCAGCUCGUCUUCCUUCCAGCUUCUUUCUCCAAUUAUUCCUUUAUGAUCUGUUUCCCAUAGCUUGCUUGCUUGUCUGCUGAAAGUUAUCCGAGUUCAGAAAUUUCUGGAUAAAAUUCCCGAAUAGAUCCGUGCACUUUAGAUGUUGUACGGACGUUUUAUGGGUCUUAGGUUUUAAGCUCGGAGAUUAUGCAGCAGCUUAAUCAUUCUGUGUGAUCUGGAUUUCGUGAUUUGGGAUUCACCAGAGCGCUGAUAAUUGGUAACUGGUGGGUGUGGCUGUGAUGUGUAAGGUUAUGUCCGGAAUCUGCUUGCAGGUGUUGGAAUUCAGUUGUGUGAUUGAAGUGAUUUUUUUGGGGGGGGGGGGGGGGGGGGGGGGAUUGAGCUUUUGGGUGGAUUUCUAUUCCUCCAUUAGAAUUUGGCCUAAGAAGCUUGAAUCUUAGACAUAAUGGAUUGCUUAAACUUGCUUCCUUUGUUAACUACUUGUAUGCAUACAAUCAUAGCAGUAGGAUCAGCAAGGCACGAAUCUUCUGCUGAAUAUGCCAAAGAUUGGAAAAAAUGGGUUUGACUUAUAUAUUAGACAGCACAUAGAGCAGCAGCUGAAGAGUUCUUUUGUCUGGGAUGGAUUGGAAAAUUGACCCUGUAUGCUUGACUUACCAAUGUGCAUCUCCGUAGUAUUGAUGAUCCUUCUCUUCCUGUCUCUUCGAAAUUGUAGCUUCAUGGAUGAUUGUCGUGGAAAGCUGAAUAUCAUACCGGAUCACUUUCAAGUCUCAACUUCCAGUGACGACACUCUGCGAACAGAAUCUACACCUGUUUCCCAUCCGAGGGUUGAUAAUUUGGCAAGGCCCCAAAGCCUUUCCUGGUCAUCAAGAAAAUUGAAGACUGCUGCAUCUAUGUUGAGAAUGUUCAGUCUACGUGGCCUACCUUGGACCCCUGAUGGCCAGCAAAAGGUUCAGAUUACUGUUGCAGAGUUGGAAUCACUUCGCUCGGAGCUUGCUGAGUUAGAAGAAAGGGAAGCUUACUUUAAAGCUCAGUUGGAACAUGUUGAUGAAAUUCUGCGCACAGCUCGCCUCUCGGGCUAUUUAUACAUUCGAUCUAGAUGGGCAGCUUUACCUGGUGAGCCUCCUGUACUUGAUGAUAGUGAUAUCGACGAUUGGCUUCCUCGAUUUGUUGUCCUUCAUGGACAGUGUUUAUUCUUCUAUUUGUUAAGCACAGAUUUGAGUCCUCAAGAUUCAACUCUACUCUCCGAUGUUGUUGAAGUGGGUUCUCUACCAGAUUUUAGGCGAGAAGAUGAUGAGAUAAGAUAUUCUUUCUACAUUAUGACUCGUCAAGGCCUUCGGUUUGAGUGUUCCAGUGCUUCUAAAGUACAGGCGGACACAUGGCUAGAGGCACUAAAAACUGACUGCAGAUAUGGCUGUGGUGGUGCAGAAGCUUUAAACGAAGCUUCUGAGACCAAGAAUCACUCCGAGACUGACUGAACAUUGAACUGUACGUAGGCUUAUUCGAUUGUACAUCUUUAGUUCAGCUGCUAUUUGAUCGGAGCUUGUGGUUCCUCUAACUUCACAUCCUUUCGUUUAUGUACAUAGAUUGACAACUCUCAUUAAACCUGGAAUUCAUUAUGUAGUACUUCCCAGAACACAAUUCCUUCUUGCUAGUUCAUAGAGGACAAAGUUUUCAGUGUUCAUUCUGGCACCUUUCAUGUACCUUUUGAGAUGGAAUUCCACUGCAUUAUAGCUAACCAAGACUCUGAAUUUAGAAGAACCCGUAUGCGGCGAUUUAAAUGAUGGAUGAAAUAGCAGAGAGAAAUGGCCAUAUUUUCUGCGGCUUGUUUGAUUGAUUGGUAACAAGACAAAGUAUCCAACUUCUAAAUCUGUAAAUCAAGGUCCCAUGAAUAUAAACCCUUCAAGCCUGAAAGGCAACUGGUCAACUUUAUGCUUGUUACACACACAACCAUUAAAGGAAAAUUCAAGCUUCUAAACGUAGCACAAAGGGAAAACAACAGUUGGGUGUUCCUUCUCCAAAAACACAACUGAGGAAGCCAGAGAAAACAGAACUACUUGAACAAACCAAAGUUCAUCAUCAGACCCUGAACUAUUACUAGCACUCAACGGACAUCUAAACUCAGAAACACAUAAGACCACGGGCAAUAGUAACAUUGAACACAAGAACACAAUCCUUCUUCAGCAGCUCGAAUGUGCAUUCAUCCCUAACCUCCAGAGAAUUCGCCUUCACAAACUUACUCCAACCAGCACUGAACUUUGCGUACUCCAUUUUCUACCUUGCUGGUUGAGCUUCACUUGCCACUGCUUGCCCCCAACCUUGAGUAUCGCCCAAUCGCUAAUGAACUUCCUUGAGAAUUCCCCAUGUAUAUACUACAGCAAACAACAGGAGGAUCAGAACAUCUCACCAUGGCUACCUUUGCCAUGUCCAACAGUUUCAAGUGUUUUAGUGACAGAGAAGAGAUGGCACUAACUUGGAUGGCACUCCAGGAAAUGAGAGUUCUUUGUACAACUCAGAUCCAAUAUAAAAGGACAGUGAGAAAAUGAACAAAACAGAAGCGAAGUGACAAGUAAAGCUGAAACCGAAUUCUCUCUCCCUGUACUGGACUGUACAGGAGAACAGAGGAUUAAAUCAGAGAAAUAAAU